AUGGCGUUGAGCCUGGGGAAUCGACUUCCUUCGCUUCAGCCGUACAAUGCACCAGAUGCAGGGUACUUGGGCUUGGAGUUGGGCCAAGAAGUUACGAUCGAGUACAUAGGAUGCAAAGAAGAGUCCGAUUGGUUAUAUGGAAGUUCAUCUGGAGUAAGUGGGUGGUUUCCGAAAUAUUGUGUGUUGAAUGCGCCGCGAUCGCCACCGCCCCCUCUGCCUCCGCCACCACCUCCAGUGCCUUCGGUGCCUGAAGAGGCUCUCCAAGCAGUCAUGAUGGCGCUGGCUGCCCUGGGUGAUGCGGAUUUCGAGAUCGUCAUCCACAAGGAGCUAAGUCGCAGGCCUCAUCUUCAAGUGAAGAUGGUAUUGGCCAACGAUGGAGAUUCUGUCGGAUCUUGUGUGUCAAGUCCCGAAAUCAGCCCGGACACGAUCAAGGCAAUCAGGAAGAAUGGUCUCACCGCACUGCCGCCUCCUGCAGACUUGCAGGAGCCAAAGAAGCUGCAGAGAACAGAAUCAGAGACCUGGGAGAAGGAGAAGCGGGAAAGGCCUUUUGACCCUGUGGAAGCACCUGGCAACGCCAAUCCAUCCGUCAAGCGCACCUUCUGCAAGUUCUGGCAGGAAAACAAAUGCACCAAGGGAGAUGCCUGCACCUUCGCUCAUGGCGAUCAUGAGAUAGGCCAGCCGAUCCACAACGACAGCUGGGCACCUACAGCGAAAGGGCAGGGCAACGAUCAGAAUGUUUCCAGGAAGAAAAUCAUUUGCAAGUUUUGGCAAGAUGGCAAGUGCUCAAAGGGACCUGGAUGCACCUUCGCUCAUGGAGAGCAAGAACUGGGCCAGCCCAUCAACACGGAGAUGGCCCGAUUGUUCGCUUCGCGCCGAUCUGACCUCAGCAGCUGUUUGCGGUUGACUCCUUGCAAGUUCUGGCAGGAAGGCAAAUGUACCAAAGGUGAUGCCUGCACUUUCGCUCACGGGCAGGAUGCUCUUCCAACGGCAUGGGAAGAUUCGCCCGCAGUGAUCCUGCCCCUGGGCAAAGGCGCAGUGCAGGCAGUCUUAGUCGGUGAUCAAUGUCAGCUCCCUGCUACAGUCUUGUCCCAGGAGGCUCAGAAGGGCGGUUUGGAUAUUUCCAUGUUUGACCGCCUGCUGUCCAUGGGCAUGGAGGUCUUUUCCAUCAUGGCGCUUCUAUCGCGGCGAUCUGAAGAGCGCGGAGGGCUCAAUUUCGUCGUACGCCGAAACCUUGCAUAUCUUUGUUGGCUGCAUGGUGCAUUCGACGUCGGACACGGCAACGAGGCUCCUCCCGAAAUCUUUUACAACGAUGAGGAGUCCACGGCUUGGGUCUGCCAGGUAUGCGACCAGCAGCCGGAUGAUCGACAUCCAGACAAGGACUUGGCAGAGCGAGGCAUGAUGACCGAACGUGCGUUGCAGCUGCUGCUGCUACCAGACAGACCCUGUCUACUUCUGGAUAUCGGAUGCGGCUCGGGAAUCAGUGGCGAGACCAUCAGUGAGGCUGGGCACAUUUGGAUCGGCUACGACAUCUCACCUUCAAUGCUAAGGAUAGCGCAUCAGCGAGAGGUUGAUGGGGAUCUAUGCUUAGCCGAUGCAGGACAAGGCAUGAGGUUCCGGCCGGGAACCUUUGAUGGUGCCGUGUCCAUCUCUGCGUUGCAGUGGCUUUGCAAUGUAGACAAAAAGGGGCACGAGCCCUUCAAGCGCCUGCGGCGCUUUUUCGAGCUGCUCUACAGCUGCCUUCGCAAAGGCGCGCGGGCUGCCCUGCAGUUCUACCCCGAGGCCGCUGCGCAGGUGGAGAUGAUCACCGCGGCAGCCUUGCGCUGCGGCUUUGGAGGAGGCCUAGUCGUGGAUUAUCCCCACUCUUCGAAAGCCAAGAAGCACUUCCUGGUCAUCUAUGCUGGGCUGUCUGGCGAGCAGCCAGCCAACAUGCCACAGCCCAUGGAGGACGAUGAUGAGCAGGUGGCAGUGAGCAAGCGUGAGAGGGAGUCCAAGAAGAGGGGCAAAAACCAGGACACCUACAAAGACAAGGUCCUCAAGAAAAAAGAGCACCAACGAAAGAAGGGUUUUGGUGUGCGCAAGGAUACAAAAUACACGGCCCGGCCGAGAAAGUCUGGGGCUUUCUGA